GUUCCAUGGAAAGUGCAAUUGCAAACGAACACAAUGGACGUCCGAUCGCCCUACGGCCGCGAGAACGCCAGCGACACGUGCUUGUACGGAUCUGUCGUGGGCCUGGGGGAUGCACCUGUGCAUGCGCUGCGUCUCCGGUCUUCUCCUGGACGAGGAUUGGCCAUGGAGCUCAUGGACGACUCGGACGAAGAUGCAGAGUGCCUAUCGUAUCCGCCCACCUUGUCGCCAGUGGAAUGGUCGGCGACCCCGGUACAAACGGGAUUUCACCAGGCUGUGGAAAUGAACGAAGAUAUCAAGAGCACGACCCCUCGCGAGAAACUUCGCCUGCGACGUCGCAGUCGCUCGGACGCAUCCUCCACGACUCCAGAAAAACCAGAUGUGUGCCCAACGUCGUGCAAAACAGCUCCCUCAAAUGCCCCGAUUUGUGAUGAAUGCGAGUUGGAGGCUGCAGUUGCGACAGUCUACUGUCCAGACUGCGAUUUACACUAUUGUGCAGGAUGCGACGACUUGCGCCACCGUAAGGGAAAGCUCACGCUCCAUCAACGCACAGCAUUGGAGACUACUCCACCUGCUGAAAUCCCCGUUGCACCUCUUACAACACAGCAAUGGACCACGAACGACGUUGCCAAUUGGCUUGAAUCCCUUGGUCUUCAAGUGUACGAGACCGCGUUCCAGCAGAAAGACAUCGACGGUGCCGCUCUACUCAUGUUGCCGCCGCAUGGACUCGAUGCACUGGACCAGCUGUCCCAUGGUUCGUCCCGGGGUCACAAAAAAAAGUUGCAGAGAGAAAUCCAGCGCCUUAAGGACGAGUUCCAGCAGCAUCACCACCAAUGGCAGGACACUGAAAAGCACAGCCAGUUGCGAGUGACUGUCGACUCGACCAUGCUGCAACGCCGCCGAAGUGAUAUGGCAUCUCCGGUAACGGCACUCCGUGCAAAGAUCCAUCAAAGCCAAGAAGGUAGAGGACGAGUUGUGCCUCCACGUCGCAAAAGCACCGCCGCCAUCGUGUCAGCCUUUGUCAAACCCGUGUUGGACAUUCCAUCAGAUGCCGCACACGCGCCAACGUCGUGCGUCGAGUCGUAUACGAAACGCCGACCGGUUGCCAACCUGGGGCUCGACUUGAAUCAAAUGGCGGAGAAGAGCGUCAAAGCGUCGUUUGACUUCACGGCGGAAGGACGGUUGCAGUCGCACGGGUUUGAAAUCAACACGGAUGGCAUUACGAGCACGCCGUUCCAGGUGGGUGGGAAGCCGUCGACGUUACUCUUUGGCACAAAGGAAUCGCUGGUGCUCCUCAACGAGUUGGGCCACGGCGCCAGCGGCAAAGUGUACAAAGCACUGUAUUUGCCCACAUUCAAACUUGUGGCGGUCAAGAUUAUCCGAGUGUACGACCAAAAGAAGCGCCAUCAAAUGCUACGGGAGCUCAAGUCGCUGUAUGCAAACUUUGUGUCGCUCAACGAGACGGCAAACAAAGGAGCUGCCGGCGCCGCUUGCCAGGACUUGGUCAUGUUUUACGAUGCCUUUACCAACCCCGAGAUUGGAUCGGUUUCGAUUGUUCUCGAGUACAUGGAUGGUGGGUCCCUCGAGGACAUAUUGCAUUCGCGAAUCCCGUGCUCGGAGGACACGAUUGCCGCUAUCGCGACGAGCGUCCUCAAGGGAUUGUCAUUUCUGCAUGACAACCGCCAACUCCAUCGCGACAUCAAGCUGAGCAACAUCCUCGUCAACAAAGCUGGUCGGGUCAAGAUCUCGGACUUUGGCAUUUCGCGAGAAUUGGAGAGCACGCUGGCCGAAGCCAUGACGUUCACUGGCACACUGCUGUACAUGGCCCCGGAACGCAUCAGCGGUGGGACGUACUCGUACCCUUCCGACAUUUGGUCGUUCGGGUUGGCGCUGAUGGCGUGUGCCAUCGGCAAACUACCAAUGCCGACGGAAGACGGGUACUGGGGCGUUGUCCACGCGGUACAGGAACAACCGUCGCCCCGGCUGCGAGAUUACAGCGCCGACUUUUCACCGGACCUGUGCGACUUUUUGGACCAAGUAUUUCCCUUUGGUUGGUACUGUUGUGCGAAUCUCACCGAUGGUAGUGUUUAACCAAGGACCCACUCAAACGCCCCCCGGCGUCGGUCCUGCUCUCACAUCCAUUCAUUCAGCGCUAUGCAGGCUCGACGGUCUCCCCCGUGUUUCCGUUCAAAGAUGCGCCAUGCCAAGAUGACAUCGACGCCGAGUUGGCAUUUGUGGCCAACAAGACGCGAGCGUGGAUGGCGGCGCACGAUCGAUCACGACUGGCGACGUUGAUGGACUCCCCAUCCACUCGGGUGAAUGCGCUGCGAGCGUUUGCCAAACAGAUGCAUGCGACGUACGAGGCCGUCGAGUCGGCGUUCUGGUUCUUUUGACACGGCCAACGCAUCGAUGGACACGAUAAAGUCUUACGUGGUGCGGAAUUCCAUUGCCGCCGCGCAACCACGAUUUGAUCCACAACAUGUUUCUUCGUCUACACAACCUUCCCUGCUGACGCUGCCCCGUAUACCGGGUCACUUUGUAGCAACGAGGCCUUUUCACCAGCAGUAGCCCUCGAGUCGCUGGUGGUGCAGUUCAGAUCUCCAGAAGCUGACCGUUCUAGAAGCGUCUUGCUGCCGUGCUUCAUGUAGUAGAGCGUGAGCGCGCCGACGAUGGCGCACACGGCUGGCAAGAUGCAGUACGCGGCGCGGACAAACUCGCCGUCUUCGGCCGUGGUCGACGGAAACUGGGCCUGGAUGGCUUCGCGCUCGUUCUGAAUCCAGAGCACCGCGACCCCGUUCGAGAUCUUGUCGGUGAAACUCAUCGCGCCGUACACGAACGCGCCGCUCUCGCAGCUGUCGCCGACCAAGUCGCCCUCGAGGCACACGGACGUGACCAUGAUGAUCGAGUUGCCAAAGCCGAGGAGCACCGACAGCACGUAAAUCCACGACGACGUGUCCGGCGUCAAGAGCCACGCGAGAGCGAGCGACAGCGUCACGAGCGCCGCGCCCGCCGCAUACGUCCCUUCUCGACCCAUCUUUUCGUUCAUCCAGCGCAGAGGAAACGUCGCGAGGAACCUAGGACACACGUCAAGAAUAACGAUCGAGACAGAGCAGCGACGGACCCCGACACGUAGACGAGCAGCGGCACGAUCGCGAUGGACGUAGCAGACAUGUCGAGCGUGACCGUGAGCAGGAACGGAAUGUAGACUUGGGUCACGUUGACCGUGAGCCGCGUGCACAUGUACACGACCCCGACUUCGUAAAACAUGCCGACCUUGAACCAGUCGAACCACUUGAGCGCGACCGCCGUCGAGUCCAUCGCCGCGACGAGAGGCAGGUCCGCCUCAAACGUGAGCGCGUUCGGCCCGCGGUUCAGCGCCUCGCCGUGCGACGGACUCGGGGUCAACCGACGCUUGGGCGGCGACGGUGGCAUCUUGACCACUUCGUCCGUGCCGAGAAGGAACCACGCGGUGCAAAUGCCGCCCACGACGAGCGAUACGGUCGUGAGCAGAGUAAACUUGUACGCGUCGGGGACCUCGAGCGGGUCCACGUCGUGGAGCAGCAACAGAAACACGACAAACACAACGACGUUCGACAGGAUCGUGAACGCGUACCGAGUGCUGUUCAGGACGCACCGAAUGUUGUCGUUCGUGGUGAGCUCGGGGACCUACGGCCGGCCAUCAGGUCGGGUCCACAAGCCAUGCGUACCAUGGCCAUGUGCGACACUUGGACAGCGGCCCACCCGACGUUGAACACACUCGCGCUGACGCAGUAGUACAAGACGAGCGUCAGUCGCGACGGCGACGCCGUCAACAGCUUCGGCACGCACGUGCCAAACACUCCGUAGAAACACACGACGACGAGGACGGACCCGCCCGCGAGCCACGUCUUGCGUCGACCAAACCCGAUCGCGGGAAACCCGGUCGACUUGUCCGACACAACUCCCACGAGCGGCGUCGCAAGGCCGUCGGCGAUUUGGCCGGAAAACAUGACGAGCGCGCUGUCGACGGGGGACAAGCCCGCGACGCCAUUGAGAAACACGAGGAGGUACGAGAACCAGCACGACGCGCACAUGUCGUUGAGGACAUGGCCGACGGCGUACGCGAGGAUCUUGGUGCUGGUCCAUGCCGUGG